AUGCCACUGCCUGUAUCAUUCGAGGUAGCCAGACUGGACGCACAGAUUUGGAUGGCCAGGAAGGUGAGGAUUGUGUUUAGCAGCGGUUCGCAAAGCACCGCCUUGGGCAGCAGCGGUCACCCCGCGAUGGUAGCAUCCGUCGUCUCUCGACCCAUCACCCAGGUUAUCGAAACAGGAGAAGAAGGAAGCCAAUUCCUGUAUCGAAUUACUUGGCCGAGGACGUUGCAAUCCAAGAGCAAUGCACAACCGCUGUAUGAGUAA